AAUUCUCAGUUGCAAGCUCUACCAUCUCCUACGACUAGCAAAACAGAGAAGUCAAGGCUCAUUUUACCCAAAAGAAAAGAGAUUUUAGAAAUUAAUCCCGGCUCCGUGCAAAAAGCUCUGAGUAGCUUGUUUCAAGCAACUCAAUCCUCUGCCCUUUGGAAAACCGCAGUUAAGGUAGAGGCAAGACAAAAUAGCAACUACUAUAAAAUAACAAAAGGGAAUAACGAAUUUUUGGUUACAAGAUCUGACAGGAGUCUUUCAAAUGUAGUUGAUGCCAUUACUUUACGAAAUGAAAUUUUUAUAGGCUCUGAAACUUCUGUUCGCCUAAAAAAAAGCGUCACGUGGAGUAAUGAAGAACCCACUCUGAUCGGCUAUUCAUCAUAUGUUGAUCGCAUAUUUGCGGACGCUGCCGUUCAAACGGAUGAACUUCGUUCUGCAGAAGUCCAUUAUCUUGCAGGAAAUGAAGAUCGAAAAAUUCUUUUCUUUAAAACUGUGGAAUCUGCUCGGUCGUUGCCUUCAAUGGCCACCAAUAUUUCUUAUAAUAUGCCCUCCACGUGCCUUCCCAUGCCAUUGACCUCCACUUUAAAUGUUCUGAUAACAGGCCAUUGGAAGUCCGGCAAGUCGAUGCUUAUCAAGUCACUCCUGCAUAACGCAAAGAACGUCAAAUGUCUUUCUUUGCUCAACCAGGCAGUCGUGAAUACUUUUGAUAUUAUAGACGAAUCUCUAGACCACCAAUCGCUGACUUUUUCAUUAAUUGAAUGCCCAGUCAGGGACGCCUCUGGACAGAAUUUAUGCGUGAAUUAUAUUAACCUGCAAAUGAACCGGGCACUCCAGCACGAGUUCCUCCAUUUAUAUUCCUUCGAGCGACCUACUGAUUUGGUGGAUCCGUGUGUCCACGUCUGUCUUUAUCUUAUGAAAUUCGAGAAUGAAGAAGGAGCCACUGAAAACGAUAUAAAGUUUUUUACAGAAUUGGGAGAAACAAAAGUUCCAAUUGUGCCUCUCAUUGCCUGCUCUGAUUUGUAUUCUGAAGAGAAACUUUCUGCGAUAAGAAAAAAGCUGAAUGAAGAUUUUGAUGGGAUUAUUUAUGACUUUCCUUAUAAAAAAGACCGAACGAAUCUUCCUCUUGCACUUUCUUUAGUAAAUCAUCGAAUAGUUGUUGAGGAUCACUAUUAUUCGCCAGAUAAUAAAAAUCGAUGGAAAGCGAUUGUCUACGGGCUUCUCUGCAACCACGUGGACCAUCUUCACUCUAUUUUCCGCAAGGACGUUUUCCAGCUGUACAGAAGUAGCGCGUCUCGCGUUUUGGCUAAACGUUUUGAAGACGCACUGAAAAAAAAAAUGAAAGAAAAAAUUGAGCAGAUUUUUUCUAAUACUUUCAUUAUUUCUCAGGCGGCGCAGGAGUUUUCCCAUAUGUCAUCUCGGUUAAGACAAUUGGACACCUCGAUUUCAGAAAUAAAAAAAGAAAAAAAAAUAAAUAAAACCAGGAAAACUUCGGAAGAGGAUCCCGCCAAUUUGGGGUUUCGUUCUUUUGCUAAAUUUAAAACAAGAGGAGAGUUGAGCAGCGACUCUUCAGGAAGAAGAACUGCUACUGAUACCGAACUCACAAAGCAACUGCUCAAGGCAAAGUAUAGAACUUUACAAAUAAAGAAAUCUAAAAGGCGACCCAACUUAGAAUUCUAAAAAAGAUUUACAAAAACUUUUUAAGAUA